AUGGCCGUCGCCGAUGUUGUUAUCAAGCAAGAGGCUGUAGAUGCCGUGGAUUUAGAAGCGAGAGUUGUCCAACUUUGCAAAGAGAAUCCUAAAGGAAUAACAGAUCAGAUUAUUUCGCAGGGUAUGCCAAAUAUUCCACCUCAGCAAAGAGUCACAGCCAUAAACAGACUUCUCUCAAUGGUGAGUCAUAGUAUCGCUCAGCUGAGUCUCAGAAUUUAUCCUUAUUAUUUCCUAUUUUCAACAGACAUGUUUGACAUUGAAAAGCUAAACUAUUUCGAAGGUAAUUCAAUGGAAUAAUUAAAGUAAAAGUUUCGCUAGAUGAAUUUCUGUCUACUUGUAGGGCUGCAUAAUUUUUCUAAAGAUGUUAGUUUAUUUUCAAGUUUGUUUUUCUAACUUGUGUCCAUAGGGUAGGAUUGAACUUCUUAAAAGUGGCACACAACUGUUAUACAGAUAUAAAGAUGCCCAAUCAACUACGUAAGUUUUAACCUCUCAGUUUCCACAUUUCCUAAGGGUAUGAGCCAAUUAAAUAAGGCCAAAUAACAGCGGCAAAUUAAAGAAAGCUGUAGCUCACCAUUCGCAGGGCAACAACAUUGGGGCCAAAAAUAGAUGUUGAGUUCCUGAAAAUUAGAAGUUUUGAAUGUCUAGCCAUGUAGAGAGAACAGGUUGAGAUCUGCAAAAUGCAGCCUGUAAUCUGUAAAUAGUUACUUUUAGUAAUACUUUCUCUUUUCUUUGCCUGAGCAAUAUUUUUAUAGAUCAAUAGAGUGUGAGAAAACGAUACAGGAACAGAAUGAAACACCUGUUCUUCCAAUUUUCCCCAGUGUAGCGGAUAGGAAGAUCUCUAAAGUUAUGGAGUUGCUCAUCUUUGUAAAUGAGCUAAUAUGUUUUUCAUCAGGUUGAAAUAUUAGCUCACUUUCAGAAUGAUGUUAAAACUGUAACCAGUUAUCAACAUUAUAUAGAUUGAUAUAAUAGAUUAUGACCUUUCUUCAACAGGAAAACUAAAGGAUUUGAAUUAGAAGAGAAGGUUGUCUAUCAGAUCAUAGAAGAGGCACAAAACAAAGGUACAUGUAUUAACACUGUUGCUUGUUUUCAUAUUUUAUCAAAAAGGUAAUUGAAAAUGUCUUUGAUUGCUUUGUUGUUGUUGUCGUUUUUUUUACCAAUUUCCGGUAGUAGGGCUCUGGCUACCUCUUAUAUGGCAUCACUUUUAACACUUCACACCCUAGCAUCAGUAUGCAUAUUCUCCAUACUGUUUACUACACAUUUGCUAAGGUGCUGACAAGGAGAACUUGUUUUUGUCAACUUGUUAAAACAAUCAAGAGCUUAAUAUGUCAUUGGUGAUCAUUUCCUUUGUCCUCAUGAUCUUAAUGUGUGAUUCAGGGGUAAUAAUGUGAGCAGAAAUUAGAUGCUAGUCACUCUUAAGGGUCAAAGGGUUCAAGAGCUUCUUCAUUUAGUGAUCAUUUCCUUUAUUCUCAUGACCUUAAUGUGUGAUUCAGGGGUGAUACUGUGUGGAGAAAUUAGAUGCUAAUCCUUCUCAGGGGUUAAAGUGUUAAUCCUUUCUAUUUCAAGAUCUAAUACACUAAUUCUCCACACUUUCUGCAGUGUAUUUCUUAUAAUUUUAGUUCAGAGAAUUUGGUGUCAAUUCAUACAGUUUCCCCAAGAUUUGAUUUUUUCUUCCUUCUCAUCACCUUUCUGCUUAAGCAUUUAGUGAUAUUGUGAGGAGAAGUUCCUUUUCAGUCACUCCUGGGAAUAAAAUUCUGUUGUUUCAUGUUGCAUUACUUGUUAGGUAUCUGGAUCAGGGACAUUAGAUUCAAAAGUAAUCUACCCAUGACGCAAGUUAACAAGAUUGUAAAGAAUUUGGAAAGUAAGAAGCUUAUUAAAGCCGUUAAAUCAGUUGCUGUAAGUAUUACAAGGUAUUUUGUUGACUAAAAUGACACUGUGGUUGUGUUCUAUGUGGGUGAACCAUUUCAGUUAUGCACAGUUUUUUAACUCUUUUAGCCUCCCCAGUCUGAUUGUUAAUUCUCCCCCAAAGCUGUUGCACAUUUCCUUUUAAAUUGGUGAUGAGAAUUUGGUGUUGAAUCAAGAUAACAUACUCUACCUAAUAAGUUUAAGUAUUUUCAUUACCCGAUUGCUGAAUAAUGUAUGGAUAUUGUAGGGAUAACUAAAUAAACGGGCUAAUUACUUCUGGCAGUCAAAGGGUUAUGUUGAUAUGGUUAAAGUUUCCCCAAAGAAAAUUUAACAUUGACUGUUUUUGGUUGAAAGUCAUUACCAGACAUCUGUUUGCCUACAAGUUGAGAAAAGACAAGAUGGACGCCAGUUUGCUUCAUCUCUGGCUUUCAAACAUCUUGAAACAGCUGCCUUUGGGCAAGUUUGUGCUCAUUCAUCCUGCUUCUUUUCCAAUAUCUGGUACAACAUUAACUUCAGUGAUUCUUCAUGCCAAAAGUCCAAAAAAUCUUGAUUUGUGAGUUGAGAGAGGACAUAUUUCUACAAACCCACCCAAAUAACAUCAAUGCUGCUUUAGUUCUUUUGUGAUAAGAACCAAGGUAAAAAGGGUUUUUCUUUUCAGUGGAUAUUGUCUCAUGUUUAAUGACCAUCUUUUCAGGCCUCCAGAAAGAAAGUAUACAUGUUAUUCAACUUGGAACCAGAUAUAACAGUGACUGGAGGAGCUUGGUACAGUGAUCAGGAUUUUGAAUCAGAAUUUGUGGAAGUGCUCAAUCAACAAUGUCACAAGUAUCUAGAACAAAGGGUAGGAUAAUUAGUGUGCCAGAGUCUUAAAAUUCUUUCUCAAUAUGCUGGAUAUGGCUUCCAAGGUUGACAUGCCUUAAUACAUAGAAUUUUUCAUCUCAUACAAGGUAGCAAAAUCAACAGAUUUUGUCAGAGGGAGAGCAGGUUUAUUUUCUAACUCCCACCCCUCAAAAGAACAACCCCCACCAAUAAAAAAAAUCCUUGUGGACAGAACUGCACCAAACUGUCUUAGUUUUGUGGAAUUUAGCUGAGAAGACUACACAACAACACGCAUUUCAGUGGAGGAUAUUUUGGAAUUUUGUUAAUAAUUUUGUAAUUUAUAUCUCUGUUGAAAAUUGGUAUUUUUUCAUUGCAGGCUUUGCAAGUUGAACAAAUGAAUGUAGAUCCACUGGCCAGGAGGAAUGCAUCUUAUUCAUCAUGUUAUGAUGUAUGGAAGUAUAUCUCUGAAUUAGGGAUUAGCAAGGUAAACUUCAUUGAGAAGCUGUGUUCUCCUUUUGAAGGGGUAACCCAGGAGCCAGUAAUAUUUACUACCUGGAGUAACUCUUGUUACUCCCUAAAAUCACUUGGAAUUCUUGAAAAUCAACAGGUAAAAGGAUUGCUCUACCCAUGUCAUGUUCUAGCAUAAAGGUGUCAACUUUUUCUUUACUGUUGUAGGUUCAACUGGCUGAAGGGGACAUUGAAACAAUUUUAAACACACUAGUCUUUGAUGGAAAGGCGGAAAUGUCAUUGGUUGUUGAUAACAGCUCAAGCAGAUCAUCAGAUAAUGGUCAGAAGAAACUUUAUAGAGCACUUGCUCCAUUGCUGCCAGCAGCAGGACUCAUGAGUACACCAUGUGGCGUUUGUCCAGUAAGGCUUGAUUUAUACUUGAUUUAUCGGUAAUAUAGCAAUUUGUUUUGUAAUCAUAAAUAGUCAUGACAUUUUUGCAUGACGAAACAAAUACAGGAGUAGAAACACUCCUUGAACAAUCUUGUGGCCAUCUGAGAAUGAUGUGAACAAAAACUCACCAUUCCUUUCAUGUUCUUUGAGCAAAACACAAAGAAUCCCCAUAAAUCUGCAAAGGAAUAGUGGCUGCCAUCAUAAUGAUGAUGGGAUUUAGGGGUGGACGGUUCAUGAGGUGGCUCUUCUGGUCCACUGUUUCCAGGUCAAAUUGGAAUUUGGAAUGUUUGUUUUUGUGAACCAGAGGAAUCGGAGAAAUACCCACAGAGCAAGGAUGAGAACCAACAACAAACUCAAUUCAGGUCUGGGAAGCCCCACUCCCCUUAGGAUCCAGACCAAUGCCUCACUUUCCUGCCGACAGGAGGCAAAAAUGCCUGAAUCCCCCACCCACUUGAGACAUAAAGACCUAUGACUCGAUGCCCUCCAAAGCUGAUAUACUUAAGGUGGGGGUGUUUUAGGGUUUACUUAAACUGGUACAUAACAGGUAGUGUAUAGGAUCUCUACUUAGUGUGCUAAAACUGGGAAGGAACUAAAGGUAACUAUCUCCCCCCUUGGGACCACAAGGGUUGACUUUCCAACAUUGACAUGGAAAUUUCAUCCCAUUACAGGUAUCCAACCAGUGUUGCGAUGGUGGGCCCAUAUCUCCGAGCAAAUGUAUUUACAUGAGGGACUGGCUCUCUGAGCUCUAACACUCUUAAUGACUCUGUAAAUAAAAGAUAAUUGAUGGUUAAUAUGUUUGACUGAUUGGUUAGCUCAUGGACUGUCAUUUCAUUUUUGCAACUGGACAACAAUUUACUGCUUAGCAGUUAAAUUUUAUAGAUUUGAGGAAAUCCAUUUCAAUUACUGAUUUUUUGCCAUAAACACUUGUAGGAAAGAUUAUCAUUCAAAUAAAGAG